UGGCCACACCUCUCACGGUGCGCGCUGACGCCUCAGCGGAAACCUCCCCGCCGGGCGGAAGCGGGAGCCGUGCCUGGCCAUGGCGGAGGGUGGUGUGGAGCCGGGGGACGACGGUCCCGCUCCCGGUCCAGGUCCCGGUCCAGGUCCCGAGCUGGCCCUGGUCGAGGGUAGCGCCGGCCGUGCCGGCCGCGUCGGGGACCCCGGGGACCUAGUGGCCCUGGCCCGGCAGGUGCAGCAGGCCAAUGACUUUGUCCGAGCAAAUGCCUGCAGCAAACUGACAGUCAUCGCUGAGCAGAUCCGGCACUUGCAGGAGCAGGCACGGAAGGUCUUGGAUGAAGCUAACAGGGAUGCUGAUCUGCACCACGUGGCCUGCAACCUUGUGAAGAAACCAGGAAAUGUUUACUACAUGUACAGGCGGGAGAGUGGGCAGCGGUACUUCUCCAUCCUGUCUCCUAAGGAAUGGGGGACCACUCCCCAUGAAUAUCUCGGUGCCUAUAAGCUCCAAUAUGACAUGUCCUGGACUCCAGUUGAGGACAUAGAGAGACGAGAUGCUGAAAUAACUGCCCUGGAGAAGCUGCUGAACCGGCAAGCAGCACUGCCCCAGUGCACGGAGCCCAACUUCCAGGGCCUGACCAAGUCACACAAGUGACCACACAGGACUGCCUGAGCAGAGCCCCUGAGUGAGGGGACACAGUGCCUGUAUGCUGCCAAAGGGAGGGCAAGGAAGGAGACCAAGAAACAAAAAUGCUGAUUGCUUUGUGCUUUAAGGAGACUAAUUCUGCAUUCAGUCUUACUGGAUUUUCUAGUAAUUGAAUAAUUUACUUCAUUGACCUAUGCCAAGCUGUAGCAAGAGGCUGAUGAUACCAGGUGGUGUAAGUUCCAAGAGCGCUUGGAGCAGAAAACAGAAAUGCUUGGGACAAAUGUGAUAAUGCUGUAAAAUAAUAUCUGCUAUCUGCCUGGCUCUGGUGUACCUCACUGUGAGUGCUGUGUCAGGUAAUGAUCUCAGGGCUGGAUUUUGCCCCUUAUUAAAAUGUACAUGUUUAGAGAGC